AUUGUACUAUGGCUUUUUGUCGUCUUGGUCCUGACAUCAAGCUACACCGCUAGUCUGUCUUCAAUGCUGACUGUUCAACAGCUGCAACCCAGUGUUACAGAUGUAGACUGGCUAAGGAAGAAUAACUUGACAGUUGGCUGCGAUGGUGAUUCAUUUGUAAGGACAUACCUGAACAAUGUUGUUGGGUUCAAUCCACAAAACAUCUUGAAUGUCACCAGCGAAUACAAUUACACAGGGGAAUUUGAAACCAAUAAUAUAUCUGCUGCCUUCCUUGAACUCCCAUACGAGAAAGUUUUCCUCAAUAAGUACUGCAACGGCUACAUUGGCACCAGACCCACCACCAGAUUUGGAGGAUUGGGCUUUAUAUUCCAAAAAGGCUCUCCAAUGGCCAGGGAUUUUUCUAAAGCCAUUCUGUCUCUAUCGGAGAACGGUAAACUAAAGGCACUGGAAGACGCAUGGUUGACUCCUCUGGAUGAGUGUUCAACCAACAUAACUUCCAACACAACUCAAAGCCUGAGCCUCCAAAGCUUUUGGGUUCUCUAUCUAAUAUCCUUUGCCACUUCCACCAUUUGUUUUCUACUAUCACUAAUUUGCUCACCAAUAAAUCGUCGGCAACAUCAGCAUAUAUGCAUAUGAAGGAAAUGUAACCCCAGAUGAUGAAAGUGUUUGGAAGAAGGCCGUUACACUAGUAAGAUACUUUCGUAUCAAAAUUACAGGAACAGCUCCUCUAGCGGACACAUUGGAUAUAAAUCCAGACACGUAGGAUGUAGUUGACACUCUGGAGCCGUCCUUCCCAGCAGCUGAAGUUGAAAUUACUACAAUGAACUCCUGACCGUAAGUCUUAAUUAGAAUAUUUUAAAUUCUCAACAUUAUUGGUUGGUUUAGUUUCCUCUCGAUGGGUUUAUUACCUUACCUUAAUGAU